AUGCCUCCUCAGUUUUCGUUUGGAUCGCUUCCUGCGGGCGUGAAAAAUGUCCAGCGUGAGGUUCAUGACGAAGGAGCUGCUAGCUCGGGCCAGAUUGUUACACCACGGAAUAAACUGGUUGGGCUAGUCAACUCGACUUCGUCGGCAGGGUCUUCUUUGUUGUCUUCGUCGUCUUCUUCAAAACGGCAGAAACUGUCUUCGUGGAGCUCCACUUAUAACAGGCUGUUAGGAGGGGUCGAGUCGGCUGAUUCAGGUCCUGAUUUAUUGUCAUCAGCAUCAGCAAGAAAGGACAGAGGCGUUUCGUCGCUUCGAACAAUGCCAGUUAUAUCGUCAGAUGAUGACGAAAGAAUGGAGGAUGAUUCAUUUGUGGCGUGGGAAGAUCUUUCGUCUUCUCCGUUAAGAAGUGGAUCCGGUGCUACGAGUAAUAGCCAUUCUGAGCUUCGAAGACAAAUGGACCGAUCUGUGUCGUCACCUCAUUUUAUUAGAUCUUCGAGACUGAAGCAGGAUGCUGUUACUACUCCUAUAGCUAGAAAAGAAAAGACGAGGGAUAAUAAGCAAGUUGAUUCGCGUAGAAAGGACGAGUCUAGUGGCAAUUCGUUACGGCCGGUUGUUCCUACUUCAACACCUGUGAAUAUGGAUCCUGCUAAGGAGUUAAUGGAGAGAUACCGAACUAAUUCGCCAACCUCGCCAAUUGCAACUUAUCCGUUUCAAACAGAUGUUGGUAGUGCUCAAAAGCGAAGCCGUCUGCUACGAAGGAUAGACUCGGAUGUGUUGCCAUUGGGGUCAGCAAGACUCAAUUCGAUGACUGGCGACGCUUUGAUUACGAAUGAUAAUAACGAGUCGAUGAACAAGGGUCUUAGAGCUGAUCUGAUGAGAGCUAAAAAUCCUCAGCAUAUCCAGCAGUUGUACUCACCUGGGUAUUUGAAGAGAAGUUUGUCAGUAAAGGGGCCGGGCUCUCUGAAGAAAGACCCUUCUCCUCAAUUAGCGGAAUCCGAGUCCAAUAAAAGUGACGAUUUACGAGCAAACUUGUUUCCUGUUACAACAGAACAGAAAAACGUUGUUCAACUAAUCUCGUUGGCUGACGACUUGUCUAGAGAGAGCUCUCCAUUUGUGUCUGAGCCGGUUGCAAAUGUCAACUCAAGACAGCAAUUGGAAUCGGCUAUUGAAAUUGAGACUAUUGGGCCAAUGUUGUUUUCUGACGACUCUGAUGACAUUGAUUUAGCCGAGAUAGAGACGUUGAAACACCAGCGUAUUCCACAACACAAGUCGGCAGGAUCCGAGAAGCAAAGUUUGGAUACAACACUACAAUCGGAUGACGAUGAUGAUAUCGAUUUUGCCGAGUUAGAGCGUUUAGAGGCUGUGACACGUACUAAACAACCACUGCCGCUAGUGGAAUCACGAGAAGAAACCCGACCUGUACAGAUAAACCUACCCCAUAAUCAUAAUUUGCUGUAUCCAGUUGCGUCGAAACCUCGUGAACCACCGACUAUAUUUAAAGACAUACUGCUAGAUAGCAGUGAUACAGAAGACACAGCAGAGAUCGAAACUUUGAUAAAGCAUAAGCCCGCUGUCAAAAAAGAAACCACAGGCUAUGAUUUCAAAAACGAAAAGCUCGUUCGUAGCAGGCAAUCAGAUGAAUCCCAGCCACAGUCACUGAAAAUAACUAUUUUGAAGCCUACUCUACAUCGAUAUUUAAUUACACAUGUUUCUCGGGCUGGUCUAGAGGCAGCAAAGUAUUCUGAUCGACAUACUAUUCUCACAGCAACCACUGACGACGGCACAUUUGUGUCUAUUGUGCUUAAAGGGUGUUGGUGUGAUUCGCCAGUGGAGCCGAAUGAUAUUGUUCAUAUCGUCGGCGAGUACAACAAGUCAUGUUCCAAAAUUGUAGUAGAUGAUGAUCGAAAUCUUCUCAUUUUACGACCAGACAUCCUGGUUUCUUGUACAAACGUAGCAGACUCGUUGUCGUGCAAACGUAAGGUUGUUCUACGAGAUAGAAUAAGAACACCAGCCGAUUCGUCUCGAUAUUUUAUUAUGGGCAACAUUACUCAUGAACUGUUUCAAAUAUGUCUAGCGGCAAACGACUUUUCGACUUCGUUUAUUACAGAGCAGAUGAAUUUAUUAGUAUUUGACAAGUAUUUGGAGGAACUGACUCUGGUUAAUAUGAAAGCAGAGGAAGCACUGUCAGAACUUAACGAGGUAGUCCCUAAGUUGAAGGAGUGGGCUAGAGUUUAUCUACGACCCACUCCUUCUGACAGCUCUACAGUAGAAACCCACCGUGGAGGCACAGGGGCAAAGUCGACGCGAUUAUCUGUCAGCAAAGUGAUCGAAAUCGAAGAAGAAAUCUGGUCGCCAAUGUUUGGAUUGAAAGGAAAAAUCGACGCCACUGUUGAGGCUACUGUCAAGCAAGAGCUUAGUAUUGGCAAAUUCCUUGUACCAUUAGAACUCAAGACAUCGAAAUCGUCUAAAUCUGUAUCGCAUCGUGCUCAGACUACUCUUUACAUGCUGUUACUGUCUGAUCGAUACAAUAUCGAAGUAUCUUGUGGGGUAUUGUACUAUUCCAGUAUGAGUGAAAUGAUACGGAUUCCGUCUAUUUGGGAUGAAGUAAAGAACCUGAUAUUUGCAAGAAACGAGCUCGUUCGAUAUAUGGACAAGAGUGCCGAGCUGCCUCCGGUCAUUAGAGACGAAAUUCAAUGUCGCAACUGUGCAAAGAACGACGUUUGUAUGGUGUAUCACAAGGCAAGCGAGUCAGGUACCCAAGAAUCUAGUGGUGUUAAUUUUUUCGACUCCUAUACCGAACACCUGACACCUCACCAAAUGGACUUUUUCAAUAAAUGGGAUGGCUUGCUGUAUAAAGAGCAUUCGGAUAUGAACCAUUAUUUGAAAGAGAUUUGGACAAUGACCAGCAGCGGACGAGAGAAGGUCGGUAGAUGUUAUGGAAAGAUGGUGAUCAGUGAACUUGCUGAAGAGAGGAAAAAUCGACGCAACGGCGGUCUCGAAUAUACUUAUAUUUUGGAACGGUAUAACAAGGGCGAAGACGGACCAAUACCUUUGAAUGAUUUGGCAAACGGUGAAAUGAUAGUUGUGUCUGACGAGUCAGGACAUGUAUGUCUUGCUAGAGGUACUUUGAGAUAUGCUAAUUCAAAACAUGUCAAGAUCGCAGUUGACAGGCGUCUCACAUCAUCCAUGAAAACAAUGCCGGGUUUCGAUGCAGUGAAGAAUCAGGUAUUCUACAGUAUGCUUGCUGGAACUGAGUAUGGAGAGAAAUCUACUUCGGCACAGCGACAGCAACCAAUUUUCCGCAUAGACCGAGAUGAGUUUGGACUGGGAAUGUCAAUGCUUCGCAACAAUAUUCUUCAGCUGUUUGUGGAAAAGGGAGAUCACAGAAGACGGAGUCUAGUAGUUGACUUAGAACCACCUCAAUUUGAGGCUACUGUUCCCGCUGGCUGUAAUCUCGAGAGCAUGAAUCUUAAUCCCGACCAGAAGAAUGCAGUGGAAAAAGUCAUCAAAGCCAAGGAUUAUGCUCUGAUUCUGGGUAUGCCGGGAACAGGGAAAACCACGACUAUUGCUGCGAUUGUGAAGAUGUUGGUUGACCAAGGCAAAACUGUUCUCAUUGCAUCACAUACACACAGUGCAGUUGACAACAUUCUCCUGAAGCUGCGAAAUAAAGGGUUUGACAUGCUUCGACUUGGUGGAGUAACAAAAGUACACCCUGAUAUUGUUCCAUAUGUUGUGGGGCAGGGAAAAAGGGCAACAAGUGAGCAGGAAAUUGAGGAGUAUUAUCUCAAGCCGCCCGUUGUUGGAAUCACAUGUCUGGGAAUCAACAACUGGCUGUGCUCCAAGCGACGCUUCGACUAUUGCAUCGUGGACGAAGCUUCACAAAUAACACUUCCAUCGUGUUUAGGACCGAUUCGACUGGCCGACAAGUUUGUGCUUGUUGGCGACCACUACCAAUUAUCGCCACUAGUUCGCAAUGUGGAAGCCCAAGAAGGCGGGCUUGACAUAAGUCUGUUCAAGUAUCUCUGUGAAAAUCAUCCGCAUGCGAUGGUCAAUCUCGAGCACCAGUACCGAAUGUGCUCUGAUAUCAUGGUUCUUUCCAACAAGCUCAUCUACGACGGGCGACUCAAAUGCGGAUCCGAUGAAGUGAAAAACCAGAAACUGACUAUCCCAAACAAGCAUGGCAUUGAUUCCUGGAGAAAGUCCAGUGAAGUUCAAAACAACUGGCUUGACCGAGUGCUAGACGAAAAGUAA